AUGGACCCCACUGUGGCAUUCAGGAUAAAAACGGUGAUCGAUGUGAGGGCGGGCUCGGAAAAGAAAAUUGUGAAAGCUGCUCUGGAACUGGCCGCGCGACAAGGAGUGGCCGACAAUGUGAUGGAGGUGGCUAAUUGCGUCGAGAUCAUCAAAGUGCACAAGAAUGCACUAGAGAAAGGGGUUCACGAGGGAAAGCGCUGGGAGGAGAUCGAACAGGUGCUAAACGGCUUCCCAUCUGGUGCUCUCAAGCACAAAGUUGCGAGAGAAAAAGCCUACCACCUUUACGAAGAGUCGCUUCGAGAUGCCGUUCUUCACGACAUUAACAACACGAUCACCGAGCUGUGUUGUGGCCGAAACGAGGAGUUCUUUAUGCAAAUCAACGACGAACCGGAUCCGAACAUCGACUCGAAGUUAAUCGACAAAACUUUGGGUUUAACGAGAUCCACCAGCGAUGUGGCUUUUCGUCGACUGAACGAGCUUCGUAGUCUCCUCAAAACGAACGACAAGUUGCGAAAACAAGUGAACAAUCGAAUCCGAAAACACCUGAAUCGACUCGUCCUCCAUUUCUCGUCGAACAAAGCUGAGAAAGAGGCCUGCCUAGCGAUUGCGUCAUGGCUCACCUCCGGGGAAAUGUCUCGGGAACAGUGGGAACAAUGGAAAAGAUUUCAUGAAAAUAACCAAACGCCAACUCUCGAAAGGCUGAAAGCAAUAGACUGGGUAACAGAUGAGAGUGAUUUCCACUUGCAUAAAAUAAAGGAUUCUUUGGAAGAAAUUGACAAAGAUUGUUUCUUCAAAAAGACAGAGGAAAAGCUUCGCGAAAUGUUGGAAUGUUUUUUACGACCACCAAACUUUAAACAGUCGACGAAAAACGUUUUGGAGGUGGUUGCGCGAACGAUUUACACAAGUAAAAUCGUUGAUGAUAUCGCGAAAAGGUUCGAAGAGAACGGAGAGUUGAUCGAGGUGCGAAUACAUGCGGCCGACGCUUUGAUAGUCGAUUGUAAUUUGGCGGGCGAGAGGUGGAAUGGGAAAAACUUAUGCCUGAUCACCGAUAAGCUUGUUAUGCACAAAAGUGAAACGAUCAUCAAUGUGUCCGGUACUUCUCGCUGUGCAACACUUUCGACUCGCCGAGAAUGUGACGGUGGAAGUGAGGGUGCUUCGGGAGCGGCCGGAGUCGACGGAUUGGCCGGCGAAUCGAGUGGAAACGUUGCCAUCGUGGCCGGCGUGGUGCGUGGAGCCGAAAAUUUGAAACUACUCUUGAAUGGAGGUGAUGGAGAGGCGGGCACACAUGGCGGAAACGGAGCUAAUGGCCAUGUAGGCAAAGGGAUAACAUCUAAUAAAAUUUCUGAGCUCUGUGUCUCCUACGGUAGUAUCUAUCUAACAUCUUGGGAUUAUUUCGUUAAUUGGCGCCCGGACUCAUCUUGGAAGAGCAAUGGGACAAGCGUCUGGGACUCUUCAGCCCAGUAUCUUUAUCGAGAGUAUGAUGGAGAGGACGGAAGAAAGAUGAUAUACUCGAUGGCCGGCGACAAGGGUUACUUUUACACAACUUACGAUCUUUACUUUCUCAUUAUUGGAGCCGAAGGAAGCAUGGGUGGUGCGGGAGGUGUGAAUGGGGUUGGUGGUGAGGGUGGAAGAAAAGGCGAUCUUUCACUAAUCACAUUGUCAAACGGCAGACCUCUGAGCCUCAAAGAGACGUGCAUCGAGCAAAAACAGGGAUCUGAUGGGGCUGAUGGAGCAUGUGGGCUCCCGGGAGACCCUGGCAGUCAUGGAAAUGACUUGGUGUUGAUUGAUCGAUCCGCCAAAGAGCCCUCGAAGCACUAUAUUGGGACGAGUGGUUCAAAACUUACCAAGACUCCGUGUUACGUCGCUGGCCUAAAAACACGGCUCGAUGGGUAUCGCAAACAUCGACUGAACGAGAGCGAUUGCUUUGUGAGUUUUGAGGAAGUGAAAAUAGAGCCUGUAUCGCAGCGACAAUCGACUGAAAAGAGAACAUCCACCGAGCGGCGGACACAAUCUCGAACGGUCACUAAAGCCACCAUCGCCAUCGAGUCGGUGAUCAGCGAUUUUUAUUCGCACUUUGAGGGUGAUGCCCUUUUGGUUGGAAGCUUUGCCGGCGACGGAAACGAAUGGGUGGCUCUAGAGGUUGCCGAAGACGAGGUCGAGGUCGAGGAAACCGUUCAACAGGAAAUCUCCCUCGUGCGCACACACGUCGAAGAUGAUCGGGUACACGAGUGGCAGAGUCGAGCUGAGCAGAUCGAUCAGUCGGAUGUAAUCAAACGAAUCGAGAACGAGAACCUCAAUUUGUCGGCUCUAAUGAAGCUCUUUGAAGACAUAUUUUCCGUUGUUCUUCCACUCGACAACACCGAACUAGUGGUCAAGAUUAAGAGGCAGCUCACAAGAGCUAAUCAACUUUGCAAUGAUGGCCCAGAAAUGCCGGAUCGGAUGUCUUUGCCGACUGUCCAGCGGAUAAUUGAGGAAACGAUUGACAAGCUGAAUUCAAAAAUAGCGCUAUCGAAUAGCGCUAUCGAAAAACAUGGGCGCUUUAAAAAA